UUUUAGUUUUCACAAUUUUGGAUGUAACAGUAAGAAAAAAAAUACAUUCUCAUAUAACUCUCGUAAAGUACUGUUAAGAUAAAUUCUGAGGAAUGUUUUUUUGUUUUUGUUUUUUUCUGGUAACGUUUUAAUAAACAUCAACUUCUCUGAUUGUUCAAGUGAUUCUGAAUUAAAAAUAAUUUUGUGAUASUGGACAUUUAAAAAAAACAAGUAUAUUACUAAAUGUCUGAGUAACGUUCUAUCAUUUUGCAUUUCGGUCUAUUUGUAUUCUCCCCAGGCUCCUUUUGUCAUUAGUUUACCGGGAGCACAUGAACGCACCACUUCUAAUAGCUUCAGUUAUUUUAUGGAACGGCUCCUCCUGGCGGACGCAUCGUAAAUUACAAAAGGCACAAACUGUUUUCCCUCUGUUUACUCGGAUUUAUACGCUCUAUUAGCUUGGAUACGCUAUGAGCGAMAGAGAAAUUGUUGUUGUUACAGGGUUUGGACCGUUCAGACAGUUCUUGGUGAACCCCAGCUGGAUAACAGCCCARGGAUUAAAGUUGGCCGGGAUGGGACAGCGCAUCGAUGUUAACAUCAAGGAGCUGCCAGUUAGCUACAGUUCAACCCAGAGGAUUAUUGCUGAGCUUUGGCAGACCCUUAAACCGAAGUUUGCUGUUCACCUGGGCAUAGCCAGGGGUUCCAGUCUUGUCAUUUUGGAGCAAACUGGUAAGAACAGCGGGUACAACACCCGAGACGUUUGCAGCUUCUGUCCCACAGAUCACCGCUGCAUCGAAGGCGGCCCAGAGAAACUGGACUCCGUUGUUAAUAUGUUGGCCAUCUCCAAGCACUUUAAGCAAGCAGGGAUGGAUGUGGUUCAUUCUAGAGAUGCUGGCAGAUACUUGUGUGAUUUUGCUUAUUACUGCUCACUGUAUCAUGGUGAGAGGAGAGCAGCUUUCAUCCAUAUACCCUCAUCUGGCAGCUUAUCCUCGGCUGGCAGACUGGUACCUCUUCUGCAGGAAAUAAUUGUCAUGAUGCUUGAUCAGCUGGAAGAAGUCAAAUGUCACUCGGAAACAUAGGUGAGGUCAGCCAUGUGGAGCGGCAGGGGAGAGCGCAGAAUGCCUUCUUAUUGAGGUCAAAGAAACACAUACAGUGUAUGCAGCUCUACAUGCUGACAAGUCAUCUGUCUUCUAUUUCCGCCUCUCAAAAAGCAAGAAUGUUUUCACAAAUAAGUCACAAAUAUGUUAAUGGCUUCUGAUGCGCUUAUUCCUGUUGCCUGUCCCUCUCGAUAACGAUUCCCACAGUCGGAAUGACCGGCAUCUUUCACACACCGGUUGUGGCAUUCCUUCUAUGGGCCGAUAUCGACGAGUGAGGAGGCUACCGGCUGCCAGCUGACCGUCUAAGUCAUGCCGUCAACCGACUGCUUUUAACCGCUGACGUUAAUGUCAGCCCUCACUGCAGCGUACGCACGCGGUAUCUCUUACCCUUAAAACCUCAACCUAAAAUAGACCCGUGGUAAAAUAUUGACGGGACAGAAGAGGCACAGAGAGCAGUUCAUUCUUUCGAUCACAAGAC